AGCGAAACAGGUAUGGGAAAAGCUAUGACCUGCAGUCAAAUCAUCAUCUCUCUUUCUCUCUUUAUAUACAAAAGUCAAAGCUCUGAUCUCAGCCCAAUCAACAUGAAGAAUCCCGGCCUUGAGCCUCAAGUUGGCCUUUGUCAGGAUAAAUUGCUCGGGAAAUAGCAUAAAUCCAUGAGCCACAAACCAAUAGGGCGGCAGCCCCCCACUAAAACUUGUCAAAUCAAACAUCGAAUCGAAAGGCGCGCCUCAUUCAAGUUCUGAAAUGCUCUACGAAGUAUAUCUUGGAUACAAAGCAAGGCUGUGUCGAGGCCUGGUGGAGAGAACACGGCGAUAUAUCUGCACAACCUCAUACAGAACGACGCAAAUUACGAGACAACUAUCAACGAUGGCCUCUGACAAGCCAACCGGGACUCACCUGGCCUUUCACCAUGACGGAAAACUGCUCACUUUAAAGACUGAGUUGCUGUCAAUACGACCAUUCGCUGCGGUAGAAGAGCAAAACCGCGCCAUUUUCAAGGACGCUGGCGACGAUGACUACGUUGUCGUGACCAAGGAAACCAUCUUCCAUCCGCAGGGUGGCGGCCAGCCAUCUGAUGAAGGCACAAUCUCAGCAACCACAUCGGAGGAAGGCCAGGCUCCCGUUUCUAUCGACAUCAGGGCUGCACGCAUGGACGUUGUAAACGAUGGUCUGGUGCUGCAUCUAGGCCGCUUCAAGGAUCCCUCAACGGCAGGAAAACUUCAGCCAGGCGAUGUCGUGGAGCAGGCGAUUGACGCAGAGAAGCGCCUCCUCUACUCACGGCUACACACUGCAGGCCACGUUCUCGGAUCAGCCGUGAGGCAUCUGCUCGAGAAGGAAAUCGAGGGCUUCGACGAACUCAAAGCUUCUCACUUCCCCGACAGCGCUGCCUGCGAGUUUCGCGGUCUGAUCGAGGGCAAAUGGAAGCAGCCGAUCCAGGACCGAGUCGACGAGUAUCUUCGCCGUGCAAUGCCGGUAGAGAUUGACUUUUGGACCGAAGACGAUUUCCGACGAGAGGGUCUAGAGCGCUUGAUUCCGGACCGAAGCCUGUUGCCUCCCGGCGAGACCAAGUUUCGCGUGGUGCGCAUUGUAGGAGCUGAGGUUUAUCCUUGCGGAGGGACACACGUCGACACGACGGACCUGUGCGGCGCAACGACGGUGAAGAAGAUUGGGAGGAGCAAAGGCAUCAGCCGCGUCAGCUACACGGUUGCUUGAUGGGCAAUUUGGGGAGACCGAUAACGGCAUGACUUGAAGGAAGCAAUAAACGGCUACUGGUAUAGAUGGUUGCUUAACGUACAUCUUGACGCAUAGAUACAUGGAUAGGGGUGAUUAGACUCUCUUGGCAUGGGAAAAUAGAACGGAUAGGCCGCAGUCAGCCGCAGUCAGCCGCCAUCGCGAUAAUCUCUACUGUUCCUGUGAUGCA